AUAGCUCUACUCCACCCUAGCCAAAACCGGCUAAGAAUUGGUUCACCUCUCCCAUCUCAUCUCACUUCUCACACAAGCCGAUCGAGUACACAUAACAGAUCCUGCCCGGCUAGCCAGCAGCCACCUCUCCGGUUCCACUUCCUGCUCAUAACCAUCACCUUUCCCAUCCCACACGACACUCAGCAAGUGCUACCGGCUAGCCAGGACUCCAUCGAUCGGCUUCUCCACCGGCAGGCAGGGGAUGAAGCGCAUAGUGGGGAGCCCAGGGACAUGGGGCGGCAUGGCGCUGCGGCUUUCGCAGUGCGUCUUCGCCGCCGCGUCUUCCUUAGCCAUGUGCUCCGCUUUCGGCUUCUCCAACUACAGCGCCUACUUCUACAUGAAUCUAGUGUUGAUCGUGCAGCUUUUGUGGAGUUUGGGCCUUGCAUGUCAGGAUAUCUUUUGUUUGAGGAAUAAAAAGGAUCUUCAUGCCCCGGGUUUUCUGUUCUUCAUUGUCUUCAUUGAUUGGGUCAUGGCGAUUUUCAUGUUCGCGGGAUUCUGUGCCUCUGCCAGCCUGACGAUUUUCUUCAUGAAGGAUAUGAACUUCUGCACGGAAUACUCGCGGCUGGCCUGCAGUCAGUUCACGCUUUCGGUCACCUUGGCGUUCAUCACGUGGCUGUUGCAAGCUGCCUCUUCUUUCUCCGGGUUCUGGCUACUGGUUUCGUUCUUCUAGUGAUCUCUCUCACAGUCUCACGCGCUCAUAAGCACCGUCAGGUCGUGCUAAUCGUCAGUCAGGAGGGUAAAUCAGUUGAAAUGUGCUCGGCCACACACCAUUCGUCACUUGUUAAUUAGUACAUAUAUUGUCAAGCUCAUCUUUAGUUUAGGUGAGGUGGAACAGUUACUAUUUUGAUUGUGUGGGACCAUGCAUUUAUAGGAAGAGCAAUUUUAGGACAGUAAAACCGAACCUAAAGCGAGCCCUCUGAGUGUUUUGCUUUUUUGGCCGUCCAUUUUGACGAUCGGGCCGUUUCUAGCCGUCGGAUGUGAUG